GUACGGACGUCCCCUCUGGGGGCGCAGGAGGUGGGGGGUGCCCCCUACACCCUACGGGUGCUCCAGGAGGGCUACAGCACCCCCCAACCCAACGGCACCCUCCACGCCGACGGUUCCAUCACCCUCAUUUGGGGGGGUCCUGUCACCGCCCUGGUGGACACGGGGGGUCCUUGGGACCGUCGACGGCUCCUCGACCUCUUGGCCGACCAAGGGUUGUCACCGCGUGAUGUCACCCACGUCGUUUGUACCCACGGUCACUCCGAUCACGUCGGGAACAUCAACCUCUUCCCCACGGCCACCUUGUUGGUGGGCUUGGACCUGAGUCGGGGGGAUGGGCGUUACCUCCCCCACGAUUUGGGGAAGGGUCAACCCUACGUCCUUCAUCCCGGUCACCGGGAGGUGACGGCCACCCCAGGUCAUACGCUGAACCACGUCAGCGUGGUGGUACGUGGUACCUCGCUGGGGACAGCGGUGGUGGCCGGGGACUUGUUUGAGAAGGAGGAAGAUGAGGAAGAGUGGAGAACGUUGAGCGAAGAUCCAAGGAAACAAGAGGAAAGUCGUCAACGGGUGAUGGCCGUGGCUGAUGUCAUCGUGCCGGGUCAUGGACCACCCUUCCGCGUCUUUAGGGAUGGGGAGAUCCCUUGCGAUGAUGAUGAUGAUGAUGAUGAUGAUGAUGAUGCCACCACUGGAGGGGGUCCCAAGGGACGUGGAGACACCCCCGGGG